AUGAGAAACAUUAAGUUAAAGUAUCUGAAGGUUAGAGUAUCAGACUGGGGUAGCUGGAAGAAGAAGCUGAGCUGCAUCACCACCUGCACUCUGUCUAGCAACCCCACUUACAUCUGGUACAAGAACGGACAGCGUGUUACUGACCGUUAUAUAAAUGAACUUGAUGUCAAAAGUGAGGAACCAGGCAGCUACUCCUGUGCUGUAAGAGGACACGAGGAGCUUCGCUCUCCUGCUGUCUGUGUUUUAGAUGAGAAGAGCUGCUGGAGUGUGACGUACUCCACCCAGAAUAUCUGCUCUCUGAUUGGAUCAUCAGUGGACAUACACAGUUAUUACACCUUCCCUGAUCAUUACAAGGUCACAAAAGUGUUCUGGUUCAUUAAAGAGCAGGCUGGUGAUGAACCUGUGGAUGUGAGAGAGGAUGAGGAGUAUCAGGGCCGAGUGCAGUACACACAGAUCUCCCAGAAUAACUGUAGACUGAGAAUCACUAACCUGAGAGAGAGAGACGCUCAAACAUACAGAUUCAGAUUCUACACUGAUGUUGGUAAAUACACCGGUGAUCCUGGAGUCUCUCUGUCUGUCACAGAUCUGAAGGUUAGAGUAUCAGACUGGUACACCAAGAACAGCAAGAAUCUGAGCUGCAUCACCACCUGCACUCUGUCUAACAACCCCACUUACAUCUGGUACAAGAACGGACAGCCUGUUACUGACUGGUACAGAAAUUAUCUGUAUGUCACUAGUGAGGAAUCAGGCAGCUACUCCUGUGCUGUAAGAGGACGCGAGGAGCUUCGCUCUCCUGCUGUCUAUUCCCCUAAAAACACCAGCGCAGUGGUUCUUUCCUCUGGAGACACAGUGGAGGGGGGUUCAGUGACUCUGAGCUGUAGCAGUGAUGCAAACCCUCCUGUUCUCACCUACUCCUGGUUUAAACAGAGAUCAGCUGCAGACACCCUGCUGACAACAGGCCAGAAUUACAGCAUCAGCAACAUCAGCUCCCAGCACAGCGGACUGUACUACUGCACUGCUCACAACCAGCUGGGACAGCACAACUCUACACCGACACUCCUGGAUGUGUUAUAUCUCCCUAAAAACACCAGAGCAGUGAUUCUUUCCUCUGGAGACACAGAGGAGGGGGAUUCAGUGACUCUGAGCUGUAGCAGUGAUGCAAACCCUCCUGUUCUCACCUACUCCUGGUUUAAACAGAGAGCAGCUGCAGACACACUGCUGACAACAGGCCAGAAUUACAGCAUCAGCAACAUCAGCUCCCAGCACAGCGGACUGUACUACUGCACUGCUCACAACCGGUUGGGACAGCACAACUCUACACCCACACUCCUGGAUGUGUUAUACUCCCCCCGAAACACGUCUGUGACUGUCGUUCCAUCCGUGUCUGGAGACUUGGUCACACUAUUGUGUAGAAGUGACUCCAACCCCAACAGCUCUUACACCUGGUACAAGAAAACAGAAGGAGAUGUGAUACUGAUUGAAAAUGGCACCAAUUUAACUUUAUCCUCGAGAGCAGAUGGAUUUUACUACUGUACAGCAAGCAAUGGAUUUGGAUCAUCCAAUUCAUCAGAAUGGCCAUGUACAUCAGAUAACAGAGCUGUAAAAUAUGCAGGUUCGGGAGUCGCUGUCGGUUUGGUUCUGUUAUUCAUGGUUGUCAUUCUGUGGAUGAGGAAAAGCGGACCAGCAUACAGUAACAGGAGUGAGGAGUACAGCAAGAACGACUCUUCUCCUGUGUAUGGUAACGUCUCAGUUAUGACCUCUGACCCCACACAAACAGAUCAGGACAACGUUCAGUACUCCAGCGUUUAUUUCACACAAACGCACACACAGGAAGUGCCUCUCUACUCGACGGUUCAACUGCCAAAGGCUCUCAAUCAGAAAGAGGACGUAGUAUAUGCCACAGUGAACCUCGUCAAAUCAAGAGCUGUUCGGGAGGACGAAAUCUACAACAAUCUGAAGUCCAAGAGUAAGAACUGACCACAAAAUUCAACGUCUGCAACAUGUGUUAAAAAAAGGUCCAGAUACUCUUUUUUCCCCCGUAAGAUAUAAAUAAGUCAAUUAUGAACACAUCCUUAAUCACAGAUUGAACUGAUGUUUAGCAAGUUAGUGUAAAUGCAUUGUUCAUUCAUUGUUAAUUAUUUUUUAUUUGAUGCUUUGUGAGGCUUUUUGUGUGCUUGCAUGUUUAUCCUUUGUUGUGUGAUUACAGUAUUGUUCCAUUUUUAUUGCUGAAUUACACACAGAUGCUCAUUUUAAUAAAAAAAAUAUUUAUAUAA